GUCAUAAAUGUCGAUGGCACUAAUAGGAUGACCAUUCUAGAGGACAAACUACCUCAUAUCUUUGGUUUUACGCUGUUGGGCGAGUAUAUCUACUGGACUGACUGGCAGCGGAGGAGCAUUGAAAGAGUUCACAUUGCCAACACCACCCGUGAGGUCAUCGUCGAGCAACUUCCUGACCUCAUGGGUCUCAAAGCCACAAAAGUCACAGAGACCUCUGGCACUAACGGCUGUGCGGAAAACAACGGCGGCUGCAGUCACCUGUGCUUCCAUCGGCCUCAGGGUCUGACCUGCGCCUGCCCCAUGGGCCUGGAGUUGCUGAGUGACCUGCAGACUUGUGUGGUUCCAGAAGCUUUCUUGCUCUUCACCAACCGCGCUGACAUACGCAGCAUCUCUCUGGGCACCAACAGCAAUGAUGUGCCCAUCCCGCUCACCGGGGUGAAGGAGGCCUCCGCACUGGACUUUGAUGUUUUAGAAAAUAGGAUCUACUGGACCGACGUCAGCACCAAGACUAUCAGCAGAGCCUUCAUGAAUGGCAGUUUGGUUGAACCAGUCAUUGAGUUUGGCCUGGACUACCCUGAGGGAAUGGCUGUGGACUGGAUGGGUCGAAACCUCUACUGGGCGGAUACCGGCACCAACCGAAUUGAAGUGGCCCGUCUGGACGGCCAGUACCGACAAGUGCUGGUCUGCAAAGACCUGGAUAACCCUCGUUCUCUUGCUCUGGACCCUGCCAAUGGGUACAUGUACUGGACUGAAUGGGGAGGUCGUCCCAGGAUAGCCCGCGCUCACAUGGACGGUAGUAACAUCGUGACUUUAGUAGACAAAGUGGGCCGAGCCAACGGGCUUACGAUUGACUACAUCGACCAGCGGCUCUACUGGACAGACCUGGACACCUGCAUGAUUGAGUCUACAAACAUGCAAGGUUUGCAGAGGGAGAUAGUGGCCGACGAUCUUCCUCAUCCUUUUGGCUUGACCCAGUAUCGCGACUACAUCUACUGGACCGACUGGAACCUGCGCAGUAUUGAGCGGGCGGACAAGCGCAGUGGCUUGAACCGAACCGUGGUGCAGGGGCACCUGGAGUAUGUCAUGGACAUCCUGGUUUUCCACUCCUCUAGACAAGAUGGCGCCAACGAGUGUUCGCAGAACAACAGCCAGUGCGCCCACCUCUGCCUAGCAUCCCCCUCUGGAGCCCAGUGCCGCUGCGCUUCCCACUACAUCCUGGAGGCAAACGGACGCAACUGCAGCUCGCCCUCUAGCUUCCUGCUCUUCAGCCAGAAGAGCUCUAUCAGUCGAAUGGUACUGGGAGAACAGAGUCCAGACAUGAUUCUACCAAUCCACGUUAUGAAGAACUUGCGUGCCAUCAGCUUUGACCCUUUGGAACGCCUGGUCUACUGGGUGGAUGGCCGACAAAACAUCCGCAGGGCCCGGGAUGAUGGCACUCAGACCUCCACGGUGAUGACCCCAACCGGUCUUCACCCGAAGCAGCCUCAUGACCUGAGUCUGGACUCCUACAGUCGCACCGUCUACUGGACCUGCGAGAGCACCAACACCAUCAACAUCCAUCGCAUGGACGGCCACGUUAUCGGAGAGGUCCUGAAGGAUGAUGUGGACAAGCCACGUGCUAUUGUGGUGAACGCUGAGAAAGGCUACAUGUAUUUCACUACUGUCCAGGAUCGUUCGGCUAAAAUCGAAGGUGCGUCUUUGGAUGGGACGGAGCGUGAAUCCCUCUUCACGACCGGUUUGAUCCGCCCCGUGGCACUGGCUUUGGACAACAAGCUGGGCAAGCUGUUCUGGGUGGAUGCAGACCUGAAACGGAUUGAGAGCAGUGACCUGUCUGGGGCCAAUCGGAUCGUUCUUCAGGACUCCAACAUCCUUCAGCCUGUCGGUCUGACAGUGCUGGGAGAUCACCUGUACUGGAUCGACAAACAGCAGCAGAUGAUCGAGCGUGUGGACAAGCUGACCGGAGAGAAGAGGACCCGCAUUCAGGGGCGACUCCAGUACCUGACCAGCAUCCAUGCGGUGGAGUACAUGGAACCAGAGGAGUUUGCAUCCCACCCUUGUUCCCGUGAUAACGGAGGCUGCUCCCACAUCUGCAUCGCUAAGGGCGACGGGACGCCACGCUGCUCUUGUCCCAUGCACCUGGUGCUGCUUCAAAAUCUACUCAGCUGUGGAGAGCCUCCCACGUGCUCUAGCGAGCAGUUCACCUGUGCUACUGGUGAGAUCGACUGCAUCCCUAUGGCGUGGCGCUGCGACGGCAUCGCCGAGUGCGCAGACCACAGCGAUGAGAUGAACUGCCCCAUCUGCUCCGAACUCCAGUUCCAGUGCGACAAAGGCCAGUGCGUGGACUCUCAGCUGCGCUGCAACGGAGAGCCAGACUGCGCAGACGGCUCUGAUGAACUGGAUUGCGACACCAUUUGUAUGCCUAAUCAGUUCCGUUGUGGCAACAACCAGUGUAUCCUGAAGAAACAGCAGUGUGACUCCUUCGCAGACUGCACAGACAAAUCUGAUGAGCUUUUCUGUGAUUUCCCUCCGCCCCCCAACGACCUUCCGCGUCACACCAGCACCAUCGGCCCCGUCAUCGGCAUCAUCCUCUCUGUCUUUGUGAUGGGAGGCAUGUGUUUUGUGUGUCAGAGAGUCGUGUGUCGCCAUUACAAGGGCCCCAAUGGAGGCUUUCCACACGAGUACAUCAGCGGGACCCCACACGUGCCCCUCAACUUUAUCGCACCCACAAACUCACAGCACGGUACUUUUACAGGUAUUUCCUGUGGGAAGUCCAUGAUGAGUUCAGUGAGUCUCAUGGGCAGCAGCAGCAGUGGGGCGCCUCUCUACGACAGAAACCAUGUGACAGGAGCUUCAUCCAGUAGCUCUUCCAGCACAAAAGGAGCUUUCUAUCCGCAGAUGCUCAACCCUCCUCCAUCACCAGCAACAGAUCGCUCCCUUUACAACGCAGAAGUCUUCUAUUCGUCCAACAGCCCUUCCACAACCAGGUCUUACAGGCCAUAUUUGAAGCGAGGGGUCGCGCCCCCCACCACACCCUGCAGCACAGACGUGUGUGACAGUGACUACACCACCAGCCGCUGGAAAAGCAAUAAGUACUACAUGGACCUCAAUUCAGACUCUGACCCCUACCCUCCGCCCCCCACGCCCCGCACGCCCCGCAGCCAGUACAUGUCAGCGGAGGAGAGCUGCCCUCCCUCGCCCUCCACUGAGCGCAGCUACUUCCACCUGUGCCCCCCGCCCCCCUCGCCCUGCACAGACUCCUCAUGACACCCAGCAAACCGCCACGCUCUGUACAUAGUUUUAAAUAGUUAAAGAAGAAACAAAGAUUUUAUUUUAUUUUCCACGCGCUUUGUUCAAGAAACAUUUCAGCUUUUCGGAAGGAGCAGGAAACAUUUUCUGGAGAUUUUCACCCAGAGUUACACGAACAGCGGUCGUGACAGGACGAGGCUUGCACGAGUUAAUUAUAUUA